GAACAAUUUUGUUGUCUUCUACAGUCAUACAACAAAAUUUGACUUUCUAGAGUUUGAGAGAUGGCUUUUAUCGCUCGGAUGUGCUUGCUCUUUCUUUUGCUCACCUCUGCAGUCACCUGCAAGGAACAACCUCUGAUGAGGGACCUAAAUAGCAACCACAACAUAGAUGAUUAUCACUAUCCAGGGGCCAAUCCAAAAUACGAUCCUCGCAUUUCUCGUCCACCACGUCCAGGGAACCGAAAGAUGCAGAUCAAUGAAGAAGAUUAUCUCGGACCAGGACCUAACCCUAUACAUUAUCCUUUCUCCCCUCAUCCUCCCCCACUUGAUGAUUGAAGACUUAGUGUUAUAGACAUGGCUGAUGGAGUGACAGUGGAGUUAAAUUAUAAGCAUGUUUAAAAAGAUUAAGUCACGUAUAUAUGAGAACAAAUUUGAAAUUAAAAUGUAUAAAUUUCUCUCUCUAAGUAUUUUAAUAAACAUAUAUGUUUAGGACUUGAUCUCAAAA